AUGCGAUGUGUUCUUCAAAUAUCUCUACUCUACUCUUUGGUUAUCCCCAUUCGAUUAUUCUCAGAACAACAUUUCGACUUUGAAAUUCCAGAAGAUAUCGCGGAAGGUACAUUGAUCGGCAAAAUUCCGCUGGAACCAAAUCUCAACUAUCGAUUAAAUGGUCACAAUCAGUUUGCAUCUGUGGAUAUUCAAACUGGUGAAGUUCGCACUUCUGCACCAUUGAACCGGGAGACAAUUGCACCCAACGGAACAAUUAUUUUGAUUUUAACUGCUGAACCGACUACAAUAGUCGCAGUUCGAAUUAAUGUGCUGGAUGUCAACGAUAACAGCCCGACGUUCCCCUCAAAGCAUAUGAGUGUUUCAAUUGUCGAAUCAGCAGUUAUUGGCAGUCGGAUACGCUUACAACCAGCAAACGAUCCAGAUUUAGCUGAAAAUGGCACGAUUGUAAAUUAUGAGCUUGAAAAUGAAAAAGAAUUUUUUACAUUAGUACGAUCUUCGAACACUUCUGGUGAAGAUGUCUUGCUACUUGAACUACAAACAAAACUAGAUCGUGAGACGAAAGAUCUGUUUGUUCUCAACAUUUCAGCAUAUGAUGGUGGCAGUCCACCUCGCUCAGGCUAUUGCAUAGUUUACGUAAACGUAUUAGAUGUGAAUGACAACCCACCAAUAUUUCGUCAAUCACGUUACGAUGUCCAAUUGAAUGGAUCGGUAUUAUCUAAUGCAACACUAUUGUGGGUUGAAGCUACUGAUGUAGAUGUCGGUGAUAAUGGUCUUAUUAGCUAUCAUCUUACAACAAACCCUUCCGAAUAUUUCCAGAUUGAUCGCAGUACGGGUGCAAUAACUAUUCAGCACACUGCGCUGAACUGCUUAGAAGAUGGUUGUUUGCAAGAUUGCUCGGGAAUAUGUGUUUUAACAGUGGAAGCACAAGACCAAGGUGAACCAAAAUUGAUUGGCCAUACUUUGGUUUAUAUACACCUCACAAAUACCAAUUUGCAUGAUCCCGAAAUCAAUUUCAGGACCUAUCCAACUGGUUCAGAGGUUGCAUACAUUAGUUCAGAAACAGCUGUAGGCUCAACAAUUGCUGUGAUAACAGCAAAUGAUCGCGAUGACGGGCAAAAUGUUCGAAUAUCUAUAAUUAAUGGUAACAAUGAGAAUUAUUUUCGAUUAGAAAGUGGAAAAAAUUACGGUAUUUUACGACAAAACCGAUUAAUGGAUAAGCCGAUCAAGCAGUUUCUAUUGAAAUUUUGUGCAACAGAUGAUGGUGUGCCACCACGUUCUUUGGAGCGUGAUCUGAAGGUUUUUGUUACAAAAUUAAAUGACACGGCUCCAGUACUUGAAGAGAAAUUUAUGAAAGUUGAUAUUUUUGAAACUUCACCGCUGGGGUCAUUUGUUGCUGCGGUUCGAACCUCUGCUGAGGAAGAUUUACACUUUUCGAUUAUUGAAAACAGCGGAAAUGACGGACUAUUUUUGGUUGGUGAAAAUACAGGUAUUGUGACACUUUCCAAAGUAUGGCCAAAUCAUACCAAAUGGAAUUACGAACUUGAAAUAUCAGUACGAAAAACAACGCCCAGUAAUAAAUUUUCGAUCUGCACAAUUCAAAUAACGAUUAUCGAUGUAAAUGAUCACGAACCGCAAUUUUCUGCUCCUUUUUAUGAAGUUGAAGUGUUGGAAGACACUCCACCACUUACUGUCAUCUUUAAAGUUUGUGCAACUGACGAGGACCAUGAAAAUAACAGUGCUAUUUCGUACAACAUAGAAGACCCUCAUAAGAAACAAAUAUUUAUGGUCAAGGAAUCUUCUGGUGAAAUAUUGCUGCGUACAAAGCUUGACCGAGAAACUAAAAAACAGCAUAAAAUUAUUGUUACCGCUACCGAUCACGGCAAACCAUCACGAAGUUCCUCAGUUCUCCUUAUCAUCAACGUCUUAGAUGUAAACGACAAUGAUCCAUAUUUUGCUCAAGUUGAGUACCAUGGUUACAUUGUACGAGGCAAUCCAUCAGGUACUUAUCUCGUACAGCUAGAGGCAUUUGAUAACGACAGUCCAAAAUUUGCGCAAAUAUCAUAUUUGUUUUAUUAUUCUGUUCCGAGUUCCUUGGAAUUGGACCAUAGAACUGGAAGAGUGUAUCUAGCUACGCAUGCGGAUUUACUUAACUUUGGACCGAAAAUAGAAAUCAUUGUGGGUGCAAAAGAUAACGGCGGUCGUCUGUCACGUAACAAUGCUACUAUAAAUAUAUGGCUACUAGACAGUAUGUUUCAAGUGCCAAAAUUCAGCACAUCGAACAACUGGUCCAUUGAAGUCAUUGAGAAUUCGUCACCGGAAAAAAUCUUGGCCUCAUUUUCUGUGCAUUCGCCACUCAGUGGUAUUCGCUAUCGUAUCAACACUACUGAUUUGUUGAUCAAUGAAUUUACGGGUGAAAUACGAGCUCGUCGUUCAUUUGAUCGCGAAGUGGAACCUAGAAUUGGUUUCACGAUUUAUGCGGAUGGUGAAUGGUCAACUGCAAUGCACCAAGGAACGCUGAAUAUCCUUGACCAGAAUGAUAACUCUCCGAUCUUUGAACUUGAUGGAACAGCUCAUUUUGUUAUUGAUUCUCAGCGGAUAGGGAUUGGUGCAGAAUUGUUUCGAUUACGAUGUCACGAUCCAGAUGAAGGUCGCAAUGGUCACAUCACAUUUAGUAUCAAUAGUAGUUUUUUCAGCAUUGACUCAGAAACGGGAAUUGUGCAAUUGGUGAAAUUUCCUAAUAGUUUCAAUCAGUUGCAAUUCCAUGUGACGGCAACUGAUGGCGGUGAACAAUCACGACACAGUACUAUUAGAGUUGUGGUAGAAAUCAAGGAAGAUGAAAAACCCUAUUCAUUUCCGCCAGUAAUCGCAUUAUCGAUACCAGAAAAUAUACUUUUGGGAACAAUUAUAACCACUUUAGCACCCAAAAAUAUAACCCAACGUUUUGAAUUCCAAACAUAUGGAGUUACGGAAAACCAUCCAGUUCAAAUUCUUCCAUCUGGUGAAGUUUUCGUUGCAUCUAAGAUUGACCAUGAAAUUAUGAAUUACCUAUCAAUUUCUGUUGCUGCUUUCAAUUCAUACAAAAAUUCAAAUUCAGUUCCAAACAAGCACGAAUUCCUACUUCAGCUCUAUAUAGAGGAUAUUAAUGAUAACGCACCUCAAUGCCCCAACAAAAAUAAAUUCAUCAUUUUCGAAAAUAACAUCCCUGGUGCAAUUGUGGGACUUUUUAAUGGUAUUGACGAUGACAGUGAUCCAAAUGCGACGUUGUUGUACGAAAUGAUAUAUGAUACGAAGAGAAUGUUCAGCAUUGAUCCUCAUACUGGAAUUAUCCGAACAUUAUUGGUGUUGGAUUUCGAACUGGCUCAAUUCCACAAUUUAACCGUCAUUAUUACGGAUGGAGGCUUGUUAAAAGCAAACUGUACGGUAGUGGUUGAAGUGAAAGAUUCAAACGACAACGUACCGUACUGGGAGAAGGAAUUUUAUCAUUUCUAUAUUUCACCAAAUGCAGGAGAUAAUUUCGUCGGUAGGGUAAUGGCGCAAGAUCUGGACUCUGCUCUAAAUGGUGAAGUUAGAUAUAGACUGCAGCAGAAAUGGAUGCCGUUUAAGAUCAAUGAAAGUACAGGUGAUAUCACACGGGAUGGUUCUGUGGUACCAGGUCAUGUUUACAACAUCACCGUGAUUGCAACAGAUAGAGGCAUUCCUACACUCUCUAAUGCAACUUUUGUUUUCAUUCACAGUGAUGCAGAAAAAGAUUGUACACCUAAUUUUACAAGUUAUCCAAACAAUGAUAUUAAAAUUGACAACAGUUUAGUUGGACAAAUGAUUACUCGAAUACAUGCAGUUGCAUGCGAUCAAGAAGUACUGUAUUCGUUAAGUUAUGGUCAUGCAAGUAGUAUUCAAAGCAAUCUCGGAUUGUUUUGGAUUGAUUCUACUGACGGGAGCAUAUUUUUAAUGAAAAACUUAGAUGAAUAUAUUGGAGAGCGAAUUGAAUUGAUAAUUAAAGCUGAAACGAUAUCGGUUUUUAAUAGUGUAACUUUUGGAGUUAUGAUAGUGGACAAAAGGAAUAGAAACUCUGAUAUGGAUACGAUUACAAUUCAUAUUCAGGAAAACAAUAGUGUUGGUGAAAUAUGUGGCAAAAUAGAAACAUUGGGGAGAGAUUUAAAGUUGUUACGCCAAAUACCAGCUGGGAAAGCAUUUCUCUUCCAACAACAGAAUUUGAUUUGUAUUGAUGUGUUGGAUCGUGAACAAGUGGACUUUUAUCGUCUGGUUGUUGCUGAAAGUGAUGGUUUGAAGUCAAUGGUCAUUACAGUUCAAGUAGAUGAUGAAAAUGAUAAUUCUCCAGAAUGCUUUGGAACCAAAGCAGUUCUAGUUGGUUCUGAGUCAUCGUUCGUCCCAUGGAAUUGUUUAGACAGGGAUGCUGGUUUGAACGGAACAAUUGGUUAUAAAGUUAUGGAGAGUUCAGAAAUAGUUUCUGAAAUAAACGACAGUGGUUUCAUAGUCAGUUCUUUCUCAGGCGAUCCGAAGUAUUUUUCUGUAUUGGUUUACGAUCGAAACACUAACAGUAGAUUUGAAGACGAUAAAUUACGAAGGACCACUGAGCUUCACUAUAUUUUGAUCUCGAUUAAUCCAAGGCUGGAAGCACCAGUUGAAUUCAAGAAGCGGUAUCAGCUUGACCGAGACAUCCAACUUGGCACGGUAUUUGGUACCGUAAUAGCGAAAACUGGCGCUAAAGUUGAAUAUUUUACUACCUCAUUUAAAAAUGAGAAACAUGUGAAUAGCGUGCAGUGGGCUGAUAUUGAUCGUCAAACUGGACAGUUGCAAAUUAACCAGAAACCGGAUGAUCAUCUGGUGAGCAUGGAAAUCACGCUACUGUCAGAAGGAUUCACCAAGACAAUUGCAAUAGAAUUACUAGUAACAGGUGAAGAAAGCAGUAUUGAUAAUCUUCAUUCGUAUUAUGAAUUCACGAUUAAAGAAGGAGUGCCAGUGGGAUCUACUGUAGGGAAAAUUGGCAGUGGAAAAGCAAUCAAAUUUGAGAUGCUCAGCGAGAGUGAUAAUUUUGAAAUUGACAAAGAAAUUGGAGUGAUUCGGACAAGAAAUGAAAUGAGGAUAUCGGAGACUUAUCUUGAUAUCAGGGUCACAAAUAAAGUCAACGAGGUAUCCAAACUAGUCACUGUACUCAUUAUCGUCGCUCAAGUAGACAAUAAUGCAUUGUUCUGUUUGCAAAAUCGUAUUGAUUUGAUGGUACCUGAAAAUUCGCCUUCGGGGACAUUUGUUGAUAUUCUGAUGUCAGAUGACAAUAAUCUUACUCGCUAUACGCUUCAAGGAAAUCCGGCUGCUAUAUCGAUAGACAGUAAUACUGGAAUCAUAAGUACCACUGCCCCGUUUGAUUUUGAAAAAGAAAGUCUUUAUCAGUUCGAGGCAAUCGCCCAUAGAAUAGGGGGUGCAUCAGUGGGAUGUCAAAUUUUUCUGUAUAUUAUUGAUAAGAAUGACAAUGCACCGAAAUUUAAAUCUAAUAAUUAUGAAGUCAAAGUUUAUGAAGAUGCUCCAGUCGGUGAAGUGAUCACUCAACUUGAAGUUAUUGAUUUGGACACUGUAAAUGAAUUCGUUUUCGAAAUUUCUAUAAUUGGUAAUGAGCGGAGUUGGUUCGGAAUUAAACCUGAUGGGAGAAUUUUUCUCAGAACACCUCUUGAUCGGGAGUACAUGGCUGUUCAUCACUUACACAUUGUUAUUUAUGAUCAGAGACCUCCAGAAAAAACUUUCAAAGCAACAACUACAGUAAAAAUAAUAGUUCUGGACGUAAAUGACAAUGCGCCACAGUUUGUUUCACCGUCUGCCUUUUUUAUUUCCGAAAGAGCGACGUCUGGUACCAUAGUAGGCCUAGUUCAUGCUGUGGAUCCUGAUAUGGGUCAUAAUGGACAAUUGCAAUAUCGCAUUUUACCAUGGUCAAAUUCAGAAGGCUUAUUUAUGAUAAAUCCAGUUCUCGGAUAUCUGCUGGUGCACUACCCGAUUGAUGCAGAAGAGCAAAAAAAUUACCAUUUGCUAAUCGAAGCAAAGGAUUAUGGUGUUCCAAGGAGGUUGUCAACAGUUGUUUCAGUAACUGUGACAGUACUAGCUAGUAACAAGGAAUCACCGAGACUGAGAAACUUUUACCAUAUAAAGAUUCCAGAAAAUGUUCCAGUUGGCCAUAUUGUGUCUCAAAUUACUGACACUGUGACAAAUGUUCUGUUUGAAAUUAAAUCUGGAAAUGAAGACGACUAUUUUCGAAUAUCUCCCACAAACGGGAUAAUCAUGACAAACAAACGCUUAAAUGCUGCCAAAAAUUCGAGUUAUAACUUAACGGUUUCGAUACUAUCAAACAAUAAUACUAGAAAGCAGAGCAGCAUCGUUUUAAUUGAAGUUUUAAAUAUUGGUGUUAAAACUGCUCAAUUUCCUGGCCGUGUUGACAUAAUAUUAUAUGUUGGUGAAAAUAUGCAAGGGACAUACCCAAUUACUAUAGGAACACUGAGAGCUAUUACUGCAGAUCGAGGACUGAACGGAACGUUAUCUUAUUCACUCAUUCAGGGUAAUAGCACACUGUUUCGGGUGAUACCACAAACAGGCAAACUACAAAUCACAGGACCACUGAAUUACGAAAUGCAGAACCGAUAUGAAUUGGUUGUGCAAGCAAAUGACCUAACUGUUCCGAGAAGCUUCAACACAAUAAGUACGGUUACUGUAUUAGUCAUGGAUGUAAACGACAAUGUACCAAUCUUCGAGUAUCCUCAAUACUACGUUGAAGUGAUGGAAAAUGAGCCUGUUGAAGAGAAUUUAACGCUAUUGUGUUUGAAGGCAACAGAUAAAGAUGACCGAGAAUUCUCAAUGAUAAGGUACAGCCUUGAUGACGAAGAACUGUUACCAUUCUUCAUCAACUCAACAACAGGAUGUAUAGGAAGACUAGAAGUACUGGAUCGUGAAUCUCAGUCGCAUUGGAUCUUGAAAGUGAUAGCUCACGAUAAUGGGAAAUUUGUGGAACAUUCGAGUGCUGCAGUAGUACGAAUUGAAGUGCUGGAUCAGAAUGAUAAUAUUCCUAUAAUUCUUAAUGAACAACUUGAUGUAUUCAUCUCAAACAGUGUUGAAAAAAAUGAUGUAAUAUAUGUAAUAUCGGCACUUGAUCUGGAUGAAAAUGAUACUUUGUACUAUAGCCUUAGUGGUCCGGAUGUAUCAUAUUUCCAAAUCAGUCAGAGUGGUAUCAUCACUGCUACACGACAACUCCUCAAGCAAGAUUAUUCAAUCACUGCAGUAGUUUCUGAUCAUGGAAACUUAACCUCAUCUGUUGGAUUAGCCUUUUACGUGUCCGAAACUAUGAGAUUCCCCGUUUUCGAAAAACGUUCACAGCAAGAACUGAUGGCUACUGAGCAUAAUCCGGACAUGUUGGUAACAAAAUUUAUGGCUCAGUCGGUUAAUGUAUCCAGUCGAGGGAUAUUAUUUACGAUUUUCAGUGGUGACCCGCACCAUCAUUUUUAUCUAAAUCCUAAUUCGGGAGAAUUGUAUGCUACGAAUCGAAUAGAUUAUGAAUAUCGAAAACAGUACGAACUGUGGAUUGCUGCUAUCGAUCAACAUAUUCAACCAAUGAUUUCAUACACAAAUUGUGUCGUAAAUGUUGUAGACAUCAAUGAUAAUAGGCCUUUCUUUGAGAAGGCUUUCUAUUCUGCUUCAGUAGCAGAGAACGGUGACAGCGAUGAACUGAUAAUAAAAGUUACUGCCAGAGAUUCGGAUUCUGGAAUGAAUGGGAAAAUUUCAUACAGUUUGAUGACAGGUGAUUCGGUUGCACAGAAAUAUUUCAAAAUCGAUGAAGUAUCGGGAGAAAUUUUUACUACUUCCAGUUUGGAUGCCGAAGAGUUAAAUGAGUAUCAUUUGCACGUUAUUGCAAAAGAUCAUGGUAAUCCACAAUUGUCGGAGAUGGUGGUUGUAAAGAUUGAAGUACUGGAUAGAAACGAUAAUGCGCCGCGUUUUUCAAAUUUAUUUCAUGGUGCAGUUGCGGAAAAUAGCCGUUUGGGGACACUAAUACUUCAGGUAAUAUGUUAUGAUGCUGAUGUAAACAGUACUCUUAUCUAUGGUCUGGAAGGUAACUGUGCUGAUAACUUUUCAAUUGAUCAACAAACGGGUUGGAUUAGUCUGGCAAAACAAGUUGAUCGAGAAAAGAAAAGUGAAUAUUCAAUAAAAGUGAAAGCAUGGGAUGGCCUGUGGGAAGUGCGAACACCGUUAACUAUUACCAUAGAGGACGUUAAUGAUAAUGCUCCCACGUUCAACGAUUCAUUUUAUACAUUUUCGAUUGCAGCUGAUUCAGGAAUCUUUACUGAAAUUGGACAAAUUUUGGCAUUUGAUAUGGAUGAAGGAUUAAAUGGGCAAAUUCGCUACGCUUUGCGAUGCGGCAAUGAUUUGUUUAUGGUUGAACCGUCUAGUGGACUCAUUUUUUCAACAACCGCCUUAGGGCAGUAUGUGAAUAAUACUGUGGAAUGUAAGGGCGUUGCCAGUGAUCAAGGAUUUCCAUCAAUGAAGAAUGAUGUCACAAUCUAUAUUCACAUCACUGAUUCUGCUAAGAGCAAUGAAACAGAACAACCUUACUACCAGUUUGCGCUUCUUCUUAAUGCUGACCCUUAUACAGCAAUUGGUCAUUUACCAUUAUAUAAUACAAUGGCCAUAGUGAAUGAUAGCCGUUUUAUGGUGGAUCAGAAUGGGUAUUUGUUCACAAACGCUACGUUUCCGGAAGCUGUAUUAGGAUAUAAAAUUAUAUUCUCUAUUGCAACAAAUAAUAAGAAACUUAUGAAAGCUAUAAUUUCCGUUGAAUUUACUGAACCAAACAUUAACCACCCGCAGUUUUCAUUUAAAAGAUAUAAAUUUUCGGUUCAGGAAAACUGCGAUUUGCACUCACCAAUUGGUAUGGUUAUAGCAAAAGAUCCUGAUAUAGGUCUUAAUGGUUACAUAACUUAUUAUAUUGUUUAUGACACUGACCGCUUACCAUUUGCAAUUGAUGCAACAACAGGAACCAUAUUAACAACGGAAUACGUAGACUUCGAGGAAAGCAGUAACUACCAAUUUUUAAUAACAGCAAAAGAUUCCGGUUUCCCUGCACUCAGCGCUACCGCAGAAGUUACUGUUGAAGUGCUCGAUGAAAACGAUAAUGCGCCCGAGUUUGAAAAUCGUUAUGUGCAGUAUACGAUAUCAGCAUAUUCACCAGUGGGCACCACAAUUGCACAUUUUUCUGCUGUUGACGUGGAUUCAGAGUCAAACGCUGUUGUCGUCUACCAUCUGCUUUCGGAUUCUGAAUUACCUUUUACUAUAAAUGCUACAUCUGGCACAUUAUACGUGUCCUCUCAAUUUCAUUACGGAACAGCUAGUGAAUAUUUAUUUGGCGUACUGGCCAGUAAUCCCAGAACCACAAGUUCGGAUUAUCCAGGAUUAGUUCCAGAAGGUUCCCGAAACGGAACAUAUUAUAACGUUUUACAAGUUGAAAUUUUCGUGAAGCAAGAUGGCGAAUCUGAGCUAUAUUUUGCAGAAACGGAACGAAACUUCGAGAUUAGUGCUUUUGCUUUGAAAGGCACCAUAAUUGGUAGAGUGGAAGCGAUUUAUCAGAAUGGAAAUUAUUACCAAAAAAUUCUAUAUCGUAUGACUUCAAGUAAUCUAGUUGAUAUAAAUGGUCGUACAGGGGAAAUAUAUGUGAAAGAAAAUUGGAAUGGGACUACUGGAACUAUAAUGGUUCAGAUAGUUGCAACUGGCCAAUUUUUGCAAAAAACAAAUUUUGAAGCAAAUGUUUGUAAGGUAUUCAUCGAACGGAAGGAUACAGAAGCACCGCCAAUAUUGCAGCCUCACUACAAGUUUUUAUUAUCCGAAAAUGCUGAUAGUUCAAGGAGUUUCGUUAUUUUUGAAAAUCUUCCUGAGGAAUAUUACCUUGAUAUUGUUGAAGAAGGAAGAAUUGGAUAUGCUACUGAGCAGCCCUUCUGUGUUGGUGACCCCGGCAAACUUUAUUUAUGCGGCACGAUGAAUUAUGAGCAAAAAGUUGAUUACCGCUUACAAAUUGCUCUUAUCGAGAAUGAUGUCAUACGUUCUCGAGCCUUAGUCACGAUAACAGUGAAUAAUGUAAAUGAUAAUAGACCUUCACUGGAUCCUUCCUCUUCUGUUGGUUAUGUCUUAGAGAAUUCACCAAUACACACAGCAGUAAUGAAGCUACACAUGAUGGAUAGUGAUAUUUUACGAAAACAGUCGUCAUUCAAGUACCGAAUUGCUGACAAAGACCUGUCUCAGAUAUUUGUUAUCAAUGAUACCACUGGAAUAGUAUUCACUUCUGAGGUUCUGGAUCGUGAAAAACGUUCGCUAUAUAUUGUGCCAAUAACGGUCAACGAUUUGGAUGUCUCCAGUGUUCACUCUAUGAUUCACUUACGGAUCUACGUUGAUGAUCAGGAUGAUAAUGAACCAGAACUAGUACCACGAACAAUAAAUUUAGGAUAUUUGUGCGAAAUUCCUGACAUGAUAAUCCUGCAUGCAUUUCCAGUUGACGCUGACCAAGUUGGCGUAUACAGUUGUCGAUUACUAAAUGUUUCGCAAACUUAUAAUAUAUCAGGCAGUUGUGUGUUAAAGCUAUCAUCAAGUUUAUUACAAGAAGAAUAUCUUCUGAACACUCCAUUAUUGGUGGAAGCUUCCAAUCCUCGUACAAAUAUAACAUUUCCAAUAAAUUUACGAAUGCGACGAGAAACCGCUCUAAGAUCGUUACUUAGUGAUUUCAGUGUAAUCGUGGAAUUAUGGGCUGUUGAAGGGAGUAUAGCUGAUAGUAUUUCUACAUUUGAAGAGAUGUUUCCAAAUAUGAUGCUUCAACUUCUUGGCCUUCAGCAAUUAGAAGUUGACUUUUUCCGUGUUUUUGUUGCAAUUCUGGAUCAGGAUUUAGUUCCAAAAGACAAAGAAAAUGCAUUGAAACUAUUGAAGCAAUUUUUCACUGAAAAACUGAUUUCUAAAAAUGUACAUCUCGUACGAAUCGCAUUAGAUAUGUGUACACUCACUUUUGAACAAUGUAUCUACGGCACAAGAUGUUCUCAAAAUAUCACAAAGAAUGGAGAAUUACUCGAACUGAUUGGCUACAAAACAAGUUUUAUUGUUCCUGUUGUUAUUAGCCAUGUAAACUGUAUAUGCGAGAAUGAUAUCCUAUGUAAUGGUGGUGACAAUCAAGUUUGUGACGAAAAUGAAAAGUGCAGAAAUGGCGGUACUUGUAUUGACAAGUACCGCCAUUUCACACAUACGGGAACAUGUCUGUGUACCAAAGGUUAUACAGGAAAAUUCUGUCAGAAUGAUAUCGAUGAAUGUGAGGAUAAGAAUAUUUGUGGGAAUGGGAAGUGCCUAAAUAUAUUUGGUUCAUUUGUUUGUACGUGUAGUGAUAAUAGCACAGCAAGUGAAAUACACUGCGAUCAUUCAAAUAUUAACAUUUGUGAUCGUUGUCACAGAGGAACAUGCGUUAAGCAGAAUAAUGGGCUACGUUUAUGUGAAUGUGAUAAUGGUUAUAGUGGGCGCUACUGUCAGCUAAAAACUCUUUGUUUCGAUGGUUUAUCAUCAUUAUUACAGUUUCCAUUUUCUCAACAAAUUUUCAUAUUGACACAAGGAUUCAGGACUCUAAAUCCGUCAAGCUUGUUGUUGACAUCGUUAACAAUUUCCGGGGUCAGUGAACCUCAUUUCACACUGAAACUACAAAAUGGUCAAGUACACCUAAGUGGAAAUUCAAGCAAAAAGAUGAAUGAAUUAUUGGUGGAAGAGAAAGUAAAUGACGGAAAAUGGAAAAUGAUUCGUUUCCAAUACAAACAUAGAAGAGUGAAGUUGACAGUUGAGCACUGCGACGACGAUGGUUUCUGUGAGCCAUGCAAAAGCACUCGCUGUAUUGCUAUUGCAAAUAAUUUUGACAUUUCGACAUCCAGUGGAGAGCAAAUUGUAUAUAUUGGUGGAGUGAAAGAUUCCGUCAAUUCGGCUAUCAUUACUAAACAGGACGGUACUGCCAAUUUUGAGGGUUGCAUGCGUCAAAUUACAAUUAAUGAACAUGAAAUUGAUAGAGUUCCCGGCUUGUUAGAGGAAAAUGUAAUUGACAAAGAUAAACGGAAAACAUGCGCAGAUGAUGGUGAUAUCGAUGUAUGUUCUGGUGGCGUUUGCGUCAUCGACGAAAAUGAUAGAAAAUGUAUUUGUAGAGAUGGUUUCGAUGCGUUGAAUUGCCAUAAAGCAAUGGAACCAUGGCAUGUUAAAAGCGGUGGAAUUAUUUUUCAAUUAUCCAUGUACAUGAUGCAGAAAAUUGAGCUCGCAAAACGCAACACUGCUAUACAAAUACAGUCUGAGAAACAUGGACGUAGUGCCAUCCAUGAUGAGAAGGAGCUACUGCGAGAAAUUCCGUGUGAGGAAUCAGAAAUAGAAGGUGACAUAUUGGAUGAUAUUCCUGCUCAAUGGAUGGAACUUGACUUCAGGACUGCACUCAGAAAUACCGUUAUUCUUGCUAUAGUUGAAGAGAAACGAUUCAUCAAAAUUGAGCUUAUGAACGGAUCAGCUCAUAUGAUUGCGAAGAUGCGAGACGCUCAACCAAUAGAAGUACACAUUUCAAGCGAUCUUGAUGAUACUGAAUGGCAUCGUCUCAGCAUCCAGAUAAGCGAGGAUCAGAAACUUUUCAGAGUCGAAAUCGAUGGACAUGGAAAGGAAAUUCGAUCUGAGGAGCAAUUACCGACUCUGAUUUCGAGUUCCUUGUUAUCAUUUUCUUUGGGUUACGAUGCAGAGAAUUACUCAGCUGCUUUUAGCGGGUGCUUUAGGCGGUUUAUUGUAAAUAAUCAGGCACAAAACUUUGACGUACUGGAAAGAAAUCUAUUAUCACAACAGAUUUUCAAAGGUGUCCGACAUAAAGGAGCUCGUAAAGGUUGCGAUCAAUUUUUGAUGAAGAGAAUAUCGAUUUCAUUGAAAUGGAAAAUUUUCUGGUCGUUAAUUGCCAUUAUUUGCAUCUUGUUUUUCAUCUUGACAGUUGCUCUUGUUUUAUGGAUUAUACGGAAGCAUCUUUUUGCUCAUGACAUUGUGGAGAAACAACCGAGGUGUUGGAAUCCGAAACUUUCAAGGCUGCUCUCGGUGAUGAGAUUAGAUUCAAAGAUGACAAACACCGAUAAUGAUAGAAAUGUAACAGUACAACGAGCUAUAUAUUGUGGACCAGAAAUUUUACAGCAUAACGAGAAUGAGUUAAAUUGUGACAGAUCUAAUGCUGUGGAAAGCAUGGGUUCGAGUUCGUCGGAUACCAGACAGCUAAAAGCAGAUUUGUGUGAAAGUCAUAAAGUCGUAUUCAACUCGACACAGCGACACUCAUCCUCGAAAUGCAGCAUGCUGGAGUCAUAUCAAAACAGGUCACGAUAUCUACACAGAACAGAGGCGACAAAAGAAAGCAGCCAGGAGAAAUAUUGCCGGUCACAGUCUAGUAACUAUAAUAAUGUCAUAUAUGAAAUGCCCUUUACGCAUAGACCUUUGCAUAUCCUAAGUAAAUCAAAUCUUCAGUCUCCACAAACUAGCGUGAUACGGAAAAACUUCAGCGAGAGUGAGACAGAUUCAGCAACAUCUUAG